UUGCGUCGCCGUUUGUUUUUGUCGCCGUACACAAGCGUUCGCGCGUUGCUCGCUUCAGCCCACGCCGCCAUCUUGGAAUCGCUUUGUGUGCGUGUGUGCUGGCUCGGACGGUCGGCUCCCAGAAAGUGUCCUGUUUUUUCACCACAGUUUUCCGGCACCAAACGGCGCGUGUUCCGGUCCGAAGGCAAGCGCCAAGUGUGCCCCACACGCAGGGCAAAAGGGUGUGUAGAGUGUGAAGUGUGCUAGCGCGCGGCAAAACCGGCCAACCGACGAUGGCAUCCGAUGAGGAAAUUGAUGAAUCCAUUGCCGAGGAGGAGAGCGGCAUGCUGGAUGAGGGAGCGGACGCAUCCCUAGCGGCAGACGCCGACGACGGUUCGGACGAGGAGGCCAACACGAAGGGCAACGCGCAGCAGGACGAAGACGACGACUACGAGCCAGAGGACAACCGCAAGAAGAAGAAGGGCAAAAAGCGCAAAGCGCGCAGCAGCGACGAAAAGCGCGGCCGCAAGAAGAAAAAGCGCAAGAAGAACGACAGCGGCGACGAGAGCGACCAGAAGCAGAGCGAUGACGGGGGAAGCAGUGCGGCGGCGGCGGCAGCGGCUGCAGCAGCAGCGGCCGCCGCUGCGGCCGCCGAGUCCGACUACGAGUCACGCCCGAAGCGUGGCCGAGAUCGGAAGAAGGGCAGCAGCAGUCGUUCGGGUGCGGCGGCGGCUGCAGCCAGCGAAGUGGAGAAGAAGUCCGAGGAGAAGGAAAAGAUGCCCACGAUCCAGGAGGUGUGCAGCUCGUUCGAUCUGACCGACGUGAAGAUCGAGUACACGGAGGAGGAUUUCGAGAAUCUGGUCACGUUCAAGAUGUUCCAGACGCACGUGCGGCCGAUCCUGACGAAGGAGAAUCCGCGCGUCCCGAUGGCGAAGCUGAUGAUGCUGGUCGCGGCCAAGUGGCGCGAGUUCUGCACCCUCAACCCGAACAUCUCGAGCGAGGACGCGACGUCGGGCGAGACGGGCGGGCGGGAGGAGGAGACGGCGGCGGCGGCGCCGCCCACGCCCGAGUACGUGCCGAAGUCGAGCCGGUCGCGCAGCAAGACGGAAAACAAGCACGACGACAUGGUGUACGACGACGAGGACGAGGAGGAAGAGGAGGAGGUGGAGCGGGAGCGAACGCGCAAGAGCAAGAAGGGCAAGAGCGGAGGCGGCGGCGGCGGUGGAGGUAGCAGUAGCAGCAACAAGAAGGGCGGCGGCGGAGGAAACAGCCGCAAGCAGAAGGUGCCGACGCUGAAGAUCAAGUUUGGCAAGCGCAAGAACGCCAGCUCGGACGAGGAGCAGGACGCGAGCGGCGGCUCGGAGCGCGAGUCGGACGCCGAGUUCGAGAAGAUGCUGCAGCAGUCCGAGCCCGACACGCCGGAACGGGCGAAAUCGGCCACCGGGGGCAGUGGUGGGGCCGAUGGGGGCGCCGCGGACGAAGCGUCCGAUCAGCCGGCGGUGCGCAAGAAGGCCAAAACCAAGAUUGGCAACAAGUCGAAGAAGAAGAACAAGUCGAAGAAGAGCAAAUUCCCGGACGGUGGGGAGGAGGGCGAGCACGAGCAUCAGGACUACUGCGAGGUGUGUCAGCAGGGCGGCGAGAUCAUCCUGUGCGACACGUGCCCCAAGGCGUACCAUCUGGUGUGUCUCGAUCCGGAGCUGGAGGACACGCCCGAGGGCAAGUGGUCCUGUCCGACGUGCGAGGCGGAGGGGCCGGCCGACGAGGACGACGACGAGCAUCAGGAGUUUUGCCGGGUGUGCAAGGACGGUGGCGAGCUGCUGUGCUGCGACAACUGUCCCUCGGCGUACCACACGUUCUGUCUGAACCCGCCGCUCGACGACAUUCCCGACGGGGAGUGGCGCUGUCCGCGCUGCAGCUGCCCGCCGCUCGCGGACAAGGUGCAGAAGAUACUGACCUGGCGCUGGACCGACAAACCGAUCAACCCGGACGAACCGUCCACGUCGAAGGGUGCGGCGGCGGCGGCCGGCGGAUCGACCCGGCGCCGCGAGUACUUCGUCAAGUGGCACGAGAAGUCGUACUGGCACUGCGACUGGAUCACCGAGCUGCAGCUGGACGUGCACCAUCCGCUCAUGUUCCGGUACUACACGCGCAAGAAUGACAUGGAGGAGCCGCCCAAGCUGGAGGAGGCGCUGGACGAGGAGGACAACCGGUACAAACGCAUCCAGCGCAUGCGCGAAACGAACUGCCAGCUGAACGAGACGGAGCUGGAGGAGAAGUACUACCGGUACGGCGUCAAGCCGGAAUGGUUGAUGGUGCACCGCGUGAUCAACCACCGGACGAUGCGCGACGGCCGCACGCUCUAUCUGGUCAAGUGGCGCGAGCUGUCGUACGAUCAGGCCACGUGGGAGGACGAGGAGGACGACAUUGCGGGGCUGAAGAUGGCCAUCGAGUACUAUCUGGAUUUGCGCGCCAACUGCUCGCAGGACAUCGGUGGGUCGGGCAGCGGCGGCAGCGGCAGCAG